AUGCCGUCCUCUCACCAAGGCUGGUCUUUCAAUCUUCGCGCUUAUGAUUUCUCUUCUGGUUCUGACUCGGACAAUGAUGGCGAUGGCACCGUUGCGUCUACUAAUCUAUCUGCUGUCGCUCACCGCUCACCUCAUGAUCAAUCCUCAACUGUCUCUGAUGAUGCUCAGCUGCUUCGAGAUAUCGACCUUUCCUCUCGUACAGACUCUGCUGCUUACAAGCCGAAUCCCUGGACUAUUGCCAAAGUCAAUGCCACGUCUCGCAAGCACCAUCCUGUCGACUUCUCCGCUGCUACCUGUUCUCGAGCCCCGCUCGCAAAGAAGAAACCACGCGGGAAGAUAGUCGAAGCUUUCGAGAAGCAAUGCGCCAGGCGUACGAAUGUACCAUCGCAGCACGCUCAGCAACUCGCUAUUCCGAGAACUCUACCACCUGGCGAGGUCUUUCAACCUGCAGUCGCUUCUCCGCCAUCAACUUCCUUGUCGGAUCGUCUCCCUCCCUCGUCUGCUCGUCAUCGAAAUGUCGCAUCCCAGCUAUCUGCUUGCAGUGCAGUGCCUACCCUUCGAUCCUCGACUUUCACCGAUACUCGUUUCAACCAGUCUGAUCAGCCCAUCGUUUUGCGCUCUUCUGUUCUGUACACGCAAGAUGCUUCUUCUAUGGUUCCCCAAACACCGCAUACAAUGACCCGUUCUUUGGCUCCUGUAACUCCUGUGUCUAUGUUCCGUUCGUCUGCUCCAUCCGUUUCCGCACGCAAGAAUAUUCCGAUAUCUGGGGCUCACACUCCUUCAAGUAAUGUUCCGUCGAACAGCCACCGGUUCCCUGAUUGCCUUGAUGCGUCUGUGGGCACUCAAUCCUUCGUCCGCACUGUGACGGAAGAGGAGGUUUUCUCUCAUCUGACGAGUAUCCCGCAAACACCGUCACAUCCUAUCUUGUCCGACUCUGUAUCUGUUACGAAAAAUCCUACAUGCAAGAUUGAAGAGAUAGCUUCUACUUCACGACUUGGCCUUACGCCUGAAGAGAUAAAAACUUCAGUUUCAUCGCAGACUUCGUGCUACGCUCGUUUUCUUCGUCCUGGUGUUUCACCACAACUCCUGUAUUCCCCUCAUCAGACAGUUACUCGCCCCUCAUCGUUUGUGCUAAAGGCCGAAGAUACCGAAUCUACUGCUCUACCUCGCAGUGUUGUCCCUGCGACUUUUCCGGACACCAAGUCUAGUAUACUCGGUCAACAGAGCUCGGUUGGGCGCAACGGUACUCGAUCGCCCUUGCGUAACCGACCUACAUCUCGAAUAUCACCCACAAACACUCGUCUACUCCACUACUCCGACCAGCCAUCUCCACUCCACGUAGAUUCACCGGCCCUCAUUGAACCUCGUAGUAUGCUUGCUAUCACAUCGACAGUCUCACUUGAUGCAAAUACGCGCACUGUUGAUCACCUAACUCCUGCUCGGCGUGCCCCGCCAUCGGCGAUUCCACUACCCGCUCAACGUCUCUACCCCACAGGUCCAUCUUCAGUUAUCUCAAGCAUGCACACAAGUAUCUCUGAUCAUUCCCCUCGUGCUACCAAACGUCUCCAUAAUGCCAAGCGUGAUGCUUACACUGCCUUUCCUACAACCCCCGACUCUGGCUGGAGUACAUUAUCUUCGACGAAGCGACCGCGCAAUGAACCCUCGAGGAUCGGUGAUGCUCGCAAAUCUGUGCGCAGCUCCGGCCGGUUCAGGUUGCCGCCUUCGCUUUUGCCCUCACGCGAUGCAAUUCCCACCAGACAGAAAUUACGGAUCGUUACCUACCGUCCUCCGCCACCUGAAGAGCGUCACGCCGCUUGCAAAAUCAUUGUAAGUGACGAUGAGAGUGACGAGGCGUGCACUCGAGGGAUAUCGGCAGCUUCUGGAUCUUGCGAAUUGAUGUUCAAGAGGUCUGGAAGGAAGCUUGACUGCAUGAGUUCCGACACCGACUGCGUUGCGGAUCACUUUCCCAAGCAUUCCCCUGCUCAGAAAUCCACUUCUGCCCGUCGUUCACCGCGUCAUAAAUCUUUCCCUCACAUGGUCUCUCGAGCGAUUCUACCAUCUCCGCCGACCUCCGAUCCGCCUCUGCCUCUGCUUGAUGUAAAUGAGCAGCAGAAGUCAAGCAGCGAUGAUCUGCGUAUGGAGUUUCGCACGCACAACUUAGGACAACGCUACAGUGCUACACGAAGAGCCAUUGCAAAGGUGUGUUUACUUUCAAUUUGGAAUACUUUCCGCUGA